AUGGAUUUGAAGAAAACGUUGGCUCUUGCACUCAGGCUUGAACAGGCCGAGAAACAAACAGGAGGUCCUGGUGAAAUUAAGGAUGUUGAGGUACGUAUUGUGCUAAAAGAGGAUGCUGUGCCAAAAUUUUGUAAAUAUCGCCCUGUUCCUUACGCGUUGCGUAAAUCAGUAGAAGAUGAGAUUGAUAGGAUGAUUGCUGAAGGUAUUGCUUAUCCCGUUACUAGCUCUCAGUGGGCUACUCCUAUUGUGGUGAUUCAGAAGAAAAGUGGGGUGCGACUCUGCGGGGACUUUAAAGUAACCCUUAAUCAAGUGAUCCAGUCGGAACACUAUCCCUUGCCUCAACCGGAGGACAUUUUUGCUACUCUAGCAGGUUGUAGCUGGUUUUCAGUUUUGGACUUGGAGGCAGCGUAUCUCCAACUUCCUGUGGCGGAGGAGUCCCAACCACUCUUGACUCUAACUACGCACAAGGGCUUAGUGCGUUUGCGACGUCUGCCGUAUGGUUUGUCUUCGGCUCCGGGUCUCUUUCAAGCGGCCAUGGACAAAAUUAUUGGUGGCCUACCUGGGUCAGUGGCAUAUUUGGAUGACGUACUGGUGGGUGGAUCUUCGCAAGAGGAAGCGUUGUCACGCUUGGAGAGUGUUCUUCAACGUCUUCAAAGUUAUGGAGUCAAGACUGACCAUGCUCCUUUAGUGACAAUCUUUGGAAAUAAGCGGGGAGUUCCCUGUGUCGCCGCUGCGCGUCUUCAACGAUGGGCCCUGAUCCUCACCGCCUACAGUUUUGAAGUAAAGUACCGCCGUGGCUUGGACUUGCCACAUGCGGACGCUCUUUCGAGAUUACCGUUACCUGAUGACGACCAAUUGGAGCUGGAUUCCAACUACAUCUCUCAUGUUUCUUCCCUGGUAGAGGCCUUUGACUGUUUCAAAUUGGUGAGUGAUCUCAAUCCUAUUACUGCUAAGGAUAUCGCUCGACUUACUGAUACUGAUCCUGUUUUGACAAAGGUCAGAGAUUUCAUUUGGCAUGGAUGGCGUGAUAGUCAAGAUUCUGAGCUGGUUGCUUAUUUUCGAAGAAGGGAUGAGUUGUCCGUAGAGAACCAGUGUGUUUUAUGGUGUACAAGGAAUGCUGUGGCUAAGGUGCCAUUAUGUCAGUGGCCUAGAGCUUCAAGUAGGUGGCAGCGCAUCCACGUGGAUUAUGCGGAAGACCCACUAACAAGACAACAAAUGCUCAUAGUUGUUGAUAGUUUUAGCAAAUGGCUAGAAGUGUUUAUCAUGAAAUCUACUACAUCGUUUAAAACCAUUGAAAAACUGCGUACGCUGUUUGCGUCUUUUGGCCUACCGGAAGAAUUGGUCAGUGAUAAUGGUCCCAAUUUUGCCAGUGAGGAAUUCAGAGAAUUUCUGAGCAACAACGGUAUUAAGUUUACGCUCUCACCUCCUUACCAUCCUGCCUCGAAUGGGGCUGCAGAAAGAUUUGUACAGGAAGUCAAGAAGAACCUUAAAAGACAGGUUAUGGCUAGUGGUUCUGAGACCAUUUCUUUACAACAUAAAUUGGAUAAUUUCCUCUUUGCAUUUCGCAACACACCCAGUACUGUCACUGGUGUUACCCCUGCGGAAUUGUUCCUUCAAUGGAAACCGAGAACUAAGUUGACAAUGCUUAAACCCUGUUUAUUGUCAGCCAUUGAUAAGAAGAGGGAGGCGCAGAAGGAAGCAGCCGAUAACCAUCGGGGACGUUUCAGAUCCUUUGUGGAGGGAGAAAAGGUGCUUGUGAAGUCAGUACGGCAGGAGAUCAUUUCUUGGAUUCCUGGGAGAAUUUUGGAGCGGAAAAGUCCGUCUACUUAUGUGGUGAGCGUCCUGGGAGGUAAAAUACGUUUCUGCCACGCUGAUCAUUUGAGAUCUAGUAAGUUGACUGAGGAAGAGGAAGUUACAGUCAAUAGGCCGGUAGUGCAGUCUCCGAUCAAAUCCCCUGAGAACAAGUCUGCUGUGGGAAUACAAACUCCGCCAGAGCGAUCACCUCGUGUCAUGGAAACUCGGAAUACAUCACCAAGACAACAACGGAGUGUAUGCCUACCUAAGUCUCCAGCUACGCACACUACAGAAGAGCAUCCCGAAGUGCAGCCCAGCCACACACACGAACUCAAUAAUCUUCUGGCCAUGUAA